AAUAUAUAUCUAGUUAAAUAUAAUUGUCGAUCUUCUCUUUUGAUCAACUUUUAUAUUGAAAUUGUAUUUAUAUAUGAGAAGAGAAGGAUGAAUUUAAGACAAACAGUAAAAAACUGGUAUCAUUCACGGCUAUCAAACGGAUCACAUAAUAAAAAGAACAACGAACCUAAAAAGGACGACCAUUAUGAAGAAGCAUAUAGUCGACGUACCUCUAUUUUUUCUACAACAACAACAUCGCCAUCUCUUUUACGUCAACAUUCAACAUCUCGACAAGCCAAUAAUGACCGCAGCAAUAGCAGUAGUAUUGGUACCUCUCGACCAUUAUCAACGGCAAAUCCUCGACGUUCCAGUACGAGAUUAAGACGAACCAGCACCACUGUCAAGUUACGCCAAAUCCCUGUAGGUGGAAGAAGAGUCUUUUUUAAUUUACCACUCCCAACAUAUGAAAAAGAUAAACGAGGUCAUCCUAAGAAAACCUAUGUCACCAACAAAAUCCGUACCUCAAAAUAUACAUGGUGGACAUUUAUUCCCAAGAAUCUAUUUGAACAAUUUCGUCGUGCUGCCAACAUGUACUUUCUUGCUAUGGCUAUCUUACAAAUGCUUCCUGCCUUUGGUGUAAAGUCCCCUGCUUUGACUUUACUUCCUAUUUGUGCCGUGGUCUUUAUUUCAGCAGUCAAGGAUGGUUUUGAAGAUUAUCAACGACAUAAGGUCGACGCUAAAUACAACGGUACUAUCACUCAUACCCUACUUGGAUACAACAACCCAAAUUAUCCUUCAACAAUAUCAACAACCAAUAAUAAUUCAUCUUCCCAACGACAUGCAACCUCUAAUACAACAGUGAACGACGAUAAUAAGGGUUACUUUGGUCCUGCUCUUUCCAAAGAUGUCCGUGUUGGUGAUAUCUUAUUACUUCGAAACGGUGAAAGUUGCCCAGCUGACUGUAUCUUGUUAUCUAGUUCUGAUGAUGAAAAUGGGAUCUGUUUUGUGGAAACAAAGGAUUUGGAUGGUGAAACCAACUUGAAGCCAAGAUCUGCUGUACAUUCGCUUAUGCAUCUUCAAUCUGGUCACGACUGUUUACAACGGCAUUUUUAUGUAGAAACUGCGUCUCCUUCUCCUGAUUUGUAUUCUUAUGAAGGCACCAUUGCUCUCUUGGAAAAAAAGCAGCAAGAUUCAAACACAUUUGAUGAAGUCUCCAAAACACCAUUAUCAAUUGAUCAUUUGAUACUUCGUGGACAUGUUAUUCGAAAUACUCCUUGGGCAAUUGCUGUGGUGAUAUUUACUGGAACGGAUACAAAGAUUAUGCUCAAUUCAGGUGAAACACCAAGUAAACGUAGUCAAAUAGAAAAAAGAAUGAACUCUGAAAUCCUGAUUGCUUUUGGUAUUCUCAUGAUAUUAUGUCUUGUCUGUGCCAUCAUGGCUGGUGUGGAAAAAUAUCAAGAUGAUCGUGAUGGUGGUACUAAACUAUAUUCCCAACAAGACAGUUCCCCUGCUUUUGUUGGCUUUAUCAAUUUUUGGUCAAGUCUUAUUAUUUUUCAAAAUAUUAUCCCUAUCUCAUUAUAUGUUUCCAUUGAAUUUGUCAAAACUUUUCAGGCUUACUUCAUUUGGAGCGAUUUGGAUAUGUGGGACGAAAAUUCAAAGACAAGUUGUAUUCCAAAAUCGUGGAACCUCUCAGAUGAUCUUGGACAAAUCGAAUAUCUAUUCUCUGAUAAAACUGGCACUUUGACCCGUAAUGUGAUGGAAUUUCGUGAAUGUACUGUGAAUGGACAACGAUAUGGAAACAAUGGUUUUGCUCCAGAAACUGAAGGUGCUCGUGGCGCUCGAUUGCGACGACAACAGCAACAACAACAACAAUCACCAACGAUUAUUCCCCUUAUUAGGUCCAAUGAUGAUGACAGCAAUAAUAUCAAUGUUAUUAACUCAACUCAUCAUGAUGAUACUGCAAAUGUUACUGAUGAAAAGCAUCAAGUUCAACAACGCCUGAAUAUAUUAGACGAAUACAAAAAAGCAAUGCAGAACCUCUUUACGCCAAUAUAUGCAAGUACGGAUCUUUCACGUCUUUCAUUUGCUGAUCCUCGAUUGAUGCAAGACCUUGCUGCGAAUGAUGAACAAGGAUCUGCUGUCAAAGAAUUUUUUACUUUAUUGGCAGUCUGUCAUACUGUGGUAGUGGAACGUAUUGGGAAGGAUGGCAAAACAAUUGUAGAUGAUACUUUGGAAGGUACAGACAACGACAAUACAGAUGACGACAGUAUACAAAAACCACAAGUGAUUCCAACAGCAUCAUCAUCAUCAUCAUCAUUACUGCAUAAUACCAACAAUAUUGGCAAGAAAAAAGGGAAAUGGCAUCCUUCUAGCAAGCUUCGCAAAAAGAAGAAGAAACAUCGUGGAGAAUCUUUGGAUGCAGCAUUAUCAGAUGACAAGGACGAUGCAAAGUGGAUGGAACGUGUAGACACUACAGUACAAGAUCAGCUUGAAUACAAAGCAGAAUCUCCAGAUGAAGCGGCACUGGUACUAGCAGCACGUAAUGCAGGAUUUGCUUUUAUUGGACGACAAGGCAACAAGCAACUGAUGGUGAAUAUACUUGGAAAACAAUAUACGUUUGAUCUUUUGCAUGUGUUUGAUUUUACUUCUACACGAAAACGCAUGAGUGUGAUUGUACGACGACCUGCGCCAUGGCAUGACAUAGUUUUGUAUUCCAAAGGUGCCGACAAUGUGAUGUAUGCUCGAUUAGACCAAGAUUUACCACUCAAUAAAGCUCGUAUGGCUCAAACACAACAGGAUAUUGAUGAUUAUUCCAAUGAUGGGUUACGUACUUUGGUACUAGGAUAUCGAACAUUAGAGGAUGAUGAUUAUUUUCGAGAAUGGCAACAUCGUAUGCAAGAAGCCAGUACGGCAGUGGAGGGACGAAACGACAAGAUUAAUGCAUUACAAGAUGAAUUGGAAGAACAGUUGAUUCUUUUAGGUGCCACUGCAAUUGAAGAUAAAUUACAAGAAGGUGUUCCACAAUGUAUUGAAGAUUUACGACAUGCUGGUAUCAAGAUAUGGGUCUUGACGGGUGAUAAACUGGAAACUGCGAUUAAUAUUGGAUAUGCAAGCAAUUUGUUGGAUGGAACAAUGAAACUUUGGACUGUGCGUGAUGAAGUGAAAACCAUAUCUGACAAUGAUAACGAUGGGGAUCAACGCACGGCUAGUGUCAAUGAAAGAUUGGAUUACAUUUUGGGACAAAUACAACAAGCGACAACAACAACAACAACAACAACAACAGUAGUCAAAGAUGAUGCUGCAGUCGAUCAUCCUCAAGAACAAGAUCAACAACACGCGCUGGUGAUUGAAGGAGCAGCACUUUCCAAGAUAUACGAAACAGAAGAAUCCAAAGCCAAAUUACUCGAAGUAGCAUUGCAAUGCAAAAGUGUGAUAUGCUGUCGUGUCAGUCCAUUACAAAAGGCUCUAGUCGUAGAAUUGGUGCGUCGCAAUCAAGAUGCAGUGACCCUUGCUGUGGGUGAUGGUGCCAAUGAUGUAUCAAUGAUUCAAGCUGCCAAUGUGGGUAUAGGUAUUGCAGGUCAAGAAGGGGUACAAGCUUCAAUGGCGGCGGAUUAUGCAAUUUCCCAAUUUCGAUUUCUUCAGAAACUAUUAUUGGUACAAGGUCAUUGGAGUUAUGAACGUAUUGCCGAAAUGAUCCUGAACUUUUUUUUCAAGAACAUUGUGUGGGUAUUUCCUGCCCUUUGGUAUCAAAUCUAUAGUCGAUUCUCUGGCAACCUCUUUUAUGAUUAUUCCUUUUUACAACUAUACAAUUUGAUUUUCACAGUGGCUCCUGUGGUUAUAUUGGGUGCGACGGAUCAAGAUAUCACCUCUUCUUAUUUGAAACGAUAUCCUCAAGUCUAUCAGAUUGGCAUUCAGAAAAAAAUAUACACAAGAUUACGGUUUUGGAUUUAUUUUAUUGAUGGAUUGUGGCAAUCCGUUGUGGUGUUUUAUGCCUUCUUUUUUCUAUACCAAACAGACGCCAAUCCGAAUGGUUACCCAGAUUCUAUGCUUCAACUAUCUACAUCAGUGGCAAUUUCUGUGAUUAUCUUGGCCAACAUGAUGCCUGGCUUUAACACUUACUAUUGGACUUGGUGGAUGUUUGUAUUUCUAUUUUUGGAGGUCUUGGUGACAUUUCUAUGGGUAGUGGCGUACGGAGCUUUUCCAAGUACUGCGAUCUAUGGGAUGGCUUACAUGGUAUUUGGUGGCUGGUCAUUUUGGCUGACAUUCUUGGUUUCGCUGGUAGUGGCCUUCUUACCUAGGUAUCUAUGCACUUUUGUGGUUCAAUGGUGGUUUCCUGACGUGAUGCAUCAAGUACGACAUGUGGAAAUGUAUGAACGUCAUCAACGACACAAAGGUCGACGACAUGGAUGGUGUUGUUUUGGAGAACGCAAUAGGACAAAGAACGAUCAAUCCAAGCACCCUGUCUAAUUCCUUCAUGUAUGACUUUAAUUUUUUUUUUUUUGUGUGUAGGCUAAUAACCCAUUAUUAUAAUUUAUUACUUAUUUAUUAUUACUAUUAUAUUUCUUUUUUUUUGUUUUAUUACUAUUUUAUUAUAUUAUUUAUUGUUAUACCUUUACUGUACUUUUAUUCUCGAAUCACGGGAUUUGUUACCAUGUAAUUUAUUUAUCUAUUUACAAUAAAAACGUUCUU